AUGCCGAACUUGCGAUCUGGAGGUAGGACCAGUGCAACCGAGGAGUGGUUGGACGACUUAAAUACAACGAUUCAGCAACAACCAGCGGAAACGGGCGAAGCUCAACCAAUGACGAUGGAGGCUAGACUCGACAUGAUGCAGCGGCAGAUGCAAGACCUACAGGCGGAACUACGGCAGAGUCAGCAACAGCAUGAAUUGCUAGCAGCGGCUUCUAGACCACCAAGCAACGUGAAUGUGGAAAGCGUAAACGGGUCAUUGGUAGGGGUGUUAAGUGAUCUACAUCGAACAUUGGCAGACAGCAGAGCAACGCAUGGGCGCAAGUUAUACGAUUUGCCUGAAUUCGAUGGGCGGCCUGAGGACUGGCCCAUGUUUAGGGAGGCGUUUACGAUGACCACCGAAGAGUACCACUAUAAUGAUAGGCAAAACAUGAUGCGCUUGCAAAAAGCCAUUAAAGGUCGAGCAAGGGAGGUGGUUGAAUGCUUACUAAUUCAUAGCGGCAACGUGUCUCGCGUUCUUAGCACCCUUGGGGAUAGGUUCGGUAGGCCAGAGCAACUGGUGAAAAGCCAAAUUGCAAAAAUACAGGGUGUAGCUCCUAUAGCGGAAAAUCGUAUCGAUCAAAUCGUCCCGUUCGCUACGAAAGUACAAAAUUUAUCAUCAUUUCUACAGUCUGCUAACUGCGAUCAUCACCUAUCGAACCCCACGCUUAUGGAUGAACUACUAUCGAAAUUGCCGGUGCAAAGGCGGAUUGACUGGGCCAGGCAUGCGUUGACGAUAGUACCGAGACCGAACAUAUGUCAUUUCAGCGACUGGUUGCAGGAGCUUUCAAAGUUGGUGGCGAGUGCUAUGGUAAACACUAAUGCGGAUUCCAGGCAGAGCGGGCGAGGCGAAAAUCGUACGCGUUUCUUUCAUACGCAGGAUAUAAACAGUGGCAAUCGGGAUCCUAGCGUAUGUGUUCUUUGUAAAGGUAGACACAGUAUAAAUCGGUGCAAGCGGUUUCUUGAUAUGCAGGUGGGUCAGCGAUGGCGUGUAGUGCGUCAAAAUAAAUUAUGUUUCAAUUGUUUGAAAAGCGACCAUAGGAGCGGCGAUUGCACCGAACAACACAGAUGCGACGUGGAUAGGUGUACGCGGAAGCAGCAUGAACUACUACAUUUUCGGGAGCAAGGAAGUACAGAUGGUCAGCGUCAAUUGGAAACUGCGACGCGGCAACAAGUCCUCACUAAUACAAUCGUCGACAAACCAAGUUCAAAAUUAUUGUACAAGAUCCUGCCAGUGCGGUUGUACGCCAACGGUCGAGUCAUAAGCACCUUUGCCCUCUUCGAUGAUGGUUCGGCAAUCUCGAUGAUGAACAGCGAAUUGGCUGGUCGUCUAGGUCUCAAAGGACAGAAGGAAAACUUAACGCUACAAUGGUUUGGUGGUACCACAGUUACGGAGCAGUCAAGCAGGGUCGAUGUGGAAAUAUCCGGAGUUGCAAAAUACAACAAAAGGUUUUCGUUGCGGAACGUUAGAACCGUAGCCAAUCUUCAACUGCCGGCGCAAACACUCCAGCGGUCAGAGCUGCAUUACAGACAUCGUCACUUGCCGAUCAAGGAGUAUGUUGGAGCGGUUCCAGAGCUAUUGUUAGGGUUAGAGAACGCGCAUCUGAGUAUUUCAAAGAAAACUGCUGACGAUGGAGGGAAUGGCUAUUCGGUGACGCUCACGAAACUGGGAUGGAUCGUCUACGGAGGUAAUGACCGAGACAUUGGAGAUAGGCGGCAGUUUGUAAACUUCGUUAAGACAGAUGACAGUGCUGAGCGGCUUGAGCGUUUGGUGAGUGAGUACCUAAUCAACGAAGAUCUCGGAGUUCGCGAUGCUGUAGAGGUAGUAGAAGCUGCAGAUAUUGCUAAAGCAAAAACGUUAUUGGAAGAAACAACAGUAAGAAAGGGUUCACACUUUGAGACAGGUUUGCUUUGGAAGCACGCAGAUGUAGCCCUACCAGAUAGUCGAAAAAUGGCAGAGAACCGGAUGUUAGCCCUGGAAAAGAAGUUUAAGCGCGAUGAAAAUUUUAAGUCUGCAUACGUCAAGGUAAUAGAGGAAUACGAAGCCAAAGGUUAUGCGAGGAAGCUGACGCCAGAGGAGAUCACGGCAGGAGGGAAGCGUAGCUGGUACCUACCACACUUUGGAGUUUGGAACGCGAACAAACCUGGAAAGAUGCGACUUGUAUUUGAUGCUGCGGCCAAAGUCAACGGUGUGUCAUUGAACUCGGCAUUGUUAAGUGGGCCGGAUCUAAACCAACCACUCGCAACUAUUUUGUUGAAAUUUCGGGAGAGGCCAGUUGGUGUAUGCGCCGAUAUAGUGGAGAUGUUCCACCAAGUCAAGAUACGUUCGCAGGAUCAAGCAGCACAACGCUUCAUAUGGAGAACAGACUCUAAGCAGCCAUUUGUGGUAUAUGGCAUGGACGUGAUGACGUUCGGGGUUACUUGCUCACCGAGCUCGGCCCAGUUCGUAAAAAACAAAAAUGCAGAGGAGUUUAGGGAACAAUUUCCAGAAGCGGCGAAUGCAAUAAUCAACAAUCACUAUGUCGACGACUUCGUGCACUGUUUCUCUACCGUCGACAAGGCAAUCCGAACAACGAAGCAGGUAGCUUGGAUUCAUAAACAAGGAGGGUUUGACUUAAAGCGGUUUGUGUCCAACUCUGAACAGCUCAUGAAACAAAUGAAUAACGAAGAAAAGCGUCCCGCCUGCUUGAAUCUUGAUAGAGAUAAUGUUGGUAUUUUUCAGAAAGUCCUUGGGCUACAUUGGGAUACGCUUAACGACGAUUUUAGAUUUGUUCUCUCGUUUGCAAAGGUCGAUCCAAUUGUGCGGGCUGGGACAAGGAGACCCACAAAACGCGGACUACUGAGCGUCACAAUGUCGGUGUUCGAUCCGUUCGGAAUGGCGGCGGAGUACACUAUGGAAGCAAAGCUUCUGCUGCAGGCGACUUGGCGAGCUGGUAUCGACUGGGAUGAACCUAUUCCAGAUGAAUUGCAAGAAGCAUGGUUGAGAUGGUUGACGGCGAUCAAGCGUUUGGAAGAAGUAAGCGUGCCGCGGUGUUACGGAUUAGGGUUCCAUCAGUUACCAGUCGAAUUACACGUAUUUGCGGACGCGAGCGAGGUAGCUUAUGCAGCGGUAGCGUACUGGAGGUUCCCAGAAGGUACGAGAAGUCCAAAUCCCAUAUUCAUCUCAGGAAAGGCCAAAUGCGCACCAUUGAAGCUUACAUCAAUCCCCCGACUGGAGCUGCAGGCAGCAGUGUUGGCUACACGUCUUCGGAAGAGCAUCCUUCAAUGUCAUGGAAAAAUCCCUAAAAGAGUCGUAAUGUGGAGCGACUCGAAAACUGUCCUAGCUUGGGUGAAGUCUGACUAUUGGCGCUAUAAACCAUACGUGGCGCAUCGUGUUAACGAAAUUUUAGAGGCUAGUGAUGUAAACGAGUAG